AUGAAUUCCUUCCCGGCCCAGGCCGGGCAGAACGGCAGGCUGGACGCCUACCUGGUGGGGACGUGCUCCGCGAUGUGCCCGCCGUCGGAGGUCCAGGAGCGGCUGAGCCACCGCCAAGUGCACAAAUUCGAGCGUGGGAGCAGCCCUGCAGACUCCAGCCUGUUUGUGAAGAAGCAUUAUCGGAUCUUUGACGAGUACAACAACAGUCCUGAGUUCGUGAGGAACAAGGAGGGAAUAGCUAAGUCGAUGGACAGGCUUCGUGUUGUGAUGGACUUGAAGGACGAGUCCGUUGCCAACCGUGCAAAUUACCUGUGGGAUAGGUACCGCGCCAUCGCCAAGGACAUGUCCGUCCAGCACUGGAUGGACGAGUUUGCAGUGAUGGUGUAUGAAGAAAUUGGUCGGUUCCUAAUUUGGGCGGACGAGCAGUUGCGCAGCCCCAUGGCACUGCAGCAGGGCCAGGAGCAAUUCGACGCUGUUGACCGGUUUGACCCAGUGCUGCACCUGAAGUUCCUCAACAAUGUUCUGCUGAGCCUGGUGGAGAUUUAUGACGAGUUCCACCGUAGGAAGGUGGAAUGGCACAACGAGGUUGAAUUCAGGCUUUGUCAUCUCAUCCUUCGAAUAUGUGCUGGACCCUUGGAGUUUGCUAAGGGAUUGAAGGGCAUCAGAAAGGAAUUAAUGUCAGAAGUGGAGGAUGUCGUUCGGCUUUUCAUGGCCUACUUUGAGGGUGACUGGAUAUCCUUCUUCAGGGAUGUUCCCCAGCUCCCCUGGGUGUUGAGAGCCCUGGCGGGGAGGCUAGCCCCUGAAGUACGUGAAAGGGCACUGUUGGCGAUUUCCAAGUCGAUGGGCAAACGGACACGACCGUACCCAGCUUCGAGCCUGAUGGAAGAGCUAUGUCUGACUGCUCAAGGCCUGGUGGCCUUCUGCAAGGCCUUCUCACUGCCCAUGCAGGGUGACACAGUCAUGCUUGGGGUGGGUUUGCAAAUCGCUUCAAAGUUGCUCGAAUUUCAAUUUUCAGACCUGGUCCCUGCCCCUUCAUAUUUGCUGGGAAUGAAGCUAACAAAUUGUGCUGAGCACAAGUCCUGUUGCCAUUGUCGAUGA